ACCAUGGGCAAGAUCAUUUUCUACGAGGACAAAAACUUCCAGGGCCGCUCCUAUGAGGGCAUGAGCGACUGCGCCGAUAUGUCUUCUCACCUUAGCAGGUGCAACUCCUGCAGGGUGGAGAGUGGCUGUUUCAUGGUCUAUGAGAGGAACAACUACAUGGGAAACCAGCACUUCAUGAAGAGGGGAGAGUACCCCGACUACAUGAGCAUGAUGGGCAUGGGCAGUGGCAUCAGGUCCUGCCGUAUGAUCCCCAUGUACAAGGGCCAGUACAGGAUGAAGAUCUACGAGAGGGAGAACUUCGGUGGUCAGUCCAAUGAGAUGAUGGAUGACUGUGACAACAUCCAGGAUCGUUACCGCAUGUCCGACUGCCAGUCCUGCAACGUGAUGGACGGACACUGGCUGAUGUACGAGCAGCCCCAGUACAGAGGCAGGAUGAUGUACAUGAGGCCCGGAGAGUACAGGAGCUUCAGGGAUAUGAUGAGCGGCCAGAGGUUCAUGAGCAUGAGGCGUAUCACUGAUAUGUGUUAA